AUGUCUUCUCUGGUUAAACGAUGCAGCUACUCCACCAUAAUAGCCCUGGUCACCGACCUCCUCCAGCCUUUCCUUUCAACAACAGAUCGCGAAGGUGGCACUGUCAUCGUCACCACUGAAUUACCUACAGUUACCAGUCUCCAUAUGUUACUCCUUUGCCACCGUCGACUGAACAGAUCGACACUUCCAAUGAACUCACCCAGCCGACCUCCUCUAGCCGACGAUGACGCCCGAAGAGAAACCCUAGACCACUCGUCGAUCUACAACUCGACCACCUUCAACACUGGUGACCCAGUAGGGCGUGUUCGGUGCCAGUUGUCUCGGUCAACCACAUCGCCGGUUGACGGCCGCUUUUCCUUCACAACGACGACCCCGGGUGAUCAGUCCAAUCGGGUAACAGGUCCAACGUCGAUCUUCUAUAGUUGA